AUGUCUCAAACUCCAUUGCCUCAAAAUCAAAUGACCACAGAGGAAUUCAAAGAAUCUCAAAAACAUCAACCUUCGAAAAAAGAGCCAGAAAAAGGAAAAGAAUCAUACGGGCCUUCGAGCACAGCUCUUGGAGGUGUUGGAGCAUAUGCUGGACAUAUCCCUGUAGAUGCAGUUAAACACGAACCGACAACUGGCGAUAAAGUACAAGGUGCAGUGAACAAGGCCGUGGGAACUGCGAAAGAAUAUGUUGGAAGUGCAGUAAAGAAUGAGAAUCUAAAAAAGAGCGGAACUCUGCAGAAGUCUGCCGGAGACAAACAAAUGCAUGGAAUUGAUACAUCAUAA